AUGGGCGGUGGUAUGGGGAUGAAUGGCAUGGGUGGAAUGGGUAUGAAUGGCAUGGGAAUGGGAGGUCCAAUGGGUGGAAUGGGUAUGAGUGGUAUGGGUAUGAACGGUAUGGGUAUGCCUGGGAAUAUGAACAUGGGAAUGGGCAUGGGUGGUAUGGGUAUGAACGGCAUGAAUGGCAUGAACCCAGGGAUGAACGGCAUGAACAUGGGUGGCAUGGGUCCUGGGCCGGGAAUGCGCGGUGGAAUGGGUAUGCCUAACAUGGGUAUGAAUCAUAUGGGAAUGGGAAUGGGCGGUAUGGGUGGUAUGGGUAUGAACCCCAUGGGGAUGGGGAUGGGAGGUCCGAUGGGUAUGAAUAUGAACAUGGGUAUGAUGCCCGGCCCAGGCCCGAACCCAAUGAUGAACCCACACCACGGCCAAAAUUGGACAAACCCAUACGCAAAUCAGCAACCACUUGGGAACGAGAGCGCAUACCAACGACUACCAGUCCAUAAUCGACGAAAGAAGCGUGAUCGUCCGAGCGAUUUUGUCGAAGUUGGGGGAGAACAGGCCAAAGUCCCGAGAUAUUGGGAAUAA